UUCUUCCUAUUAUUUUUUCCUUAUUUUUUUCUUUUUUUUAAAAAAAAAUUCGUUCCUUGAGGGACGUGCCCUGCUUCUCAUCCCCUCCUUCUCCUCCUGGCUGGGGGCUUCGGGACUGUGGCCAGGUCUGCUUUCCUACCUCCACCACGGGUUUUGAUGGCUGGAUUGUGGCAGCAGCAGCAGCAGCAGCUCCCUGCUGCAGGUUGUUGAGGAACUGAUGGGGACUCGCAUCUCGGCAGCCGGAGGUGACUAAAGAAAUGCUGAAUUUGGUACUCUGCAAAAAAUAGCGUGUGGAUUUUUAGCACCGGAAGAACGAGAAAAGGUCUCAGACUCUGGACACUGGCUGUGGGAUUUUUUUAAUUAUUAUUUUUUAUUGGUUUUUUUCCCCUUUUCGGAUGUGAAUUGAAGGCCGACAGUUGAAGUGUUGGAAGCCAGUGCAGGAAGACGCUCAAUCUUGUUUUCUUUGAACCCUCGUUUACUGGGAUACUUUCAAACCCUCCUUCACAGUCAUGUGGUCAUCACAGCUGCUGUUCUUCACAAUGGUCUUAACACCGUUAGCCCAUGCCUGGAUUUCUUUUAAAACAGCUUUCAGCCGUGCCCCGGUCCCCAUGGCUGUAGUCCGAAGGGAACUGUCCUGUGAGAGUUACCCCAUAGAACUUCGUUGCCCAGGAACAGAUGUUAUCAUGAUUGAAAGUGCCAACUACGGGAGGACUGAUGAUAAAAUCUGUGACUCUGAUCCUGCUCAGAUGGAGAAUAUCCGCUGUUAUCUGCCAGAUGCCUAUAAGAUUAUGACUCAGAGAUGCAGUAAUCGGACCCAAUGUGCAGUUGUCGCUGGCCCUGAUGUGUUUCCAGACCCUUGCCCUGGGACAUACAAAUAUCUGGAAGUGCAGUACGAAUGUGUUCCUUACAUUUUUCUUUGUCCUGGACUGCUGAAAGGAGUAUAUCAGAGUGAACACUUAUUCGAAUCUGACCACCAAUCUGGUGCCUGGUGCAAGGACCCUCUGCAGGCAUCCGACAAGAUCUACUACAUGCCCUGGACACCGUACCGGACAGACACACUGACAGAAUACUCCUCCAAGGACGACUUCAUUGCUGGGAGACCAACCACAACCUACAAACUCCCACAUCGUGUGGAUGGCACGGGAUUUGUGGUCUAUGACGGGGCUUUGUUUUUCAACAAGGAACGAACCAGGAACAUAGUCAAGUUUGACUUGCGGACAAGGAUAAAAAGUGGGGAGGCUAUCAUAGCUAAUGCAAAUUACCACGACACCUCUCCCUACCGCUGGGGAGGCAAAUCUGAUAUAGACCUGGCUGUGGAUGAGAAUGGGCUGUGGGUAAUCUAUGCAACAGAACAAAAUAAUGGCAAAAUAGUCAUUAGCCAGUUAAACCCUUACACGUUAAGGAUUGAAGGGACGUGGGAUACUGCCUAUGACAAGCGGUCAGCUUCUAACGCCUUCAUGAUCUGUGGGAUUUUAUAUGUGGUGAAGUCUGUGUAUGAAGAUGACGACAAUGAAGCCACGGGGAAUAAAAUAGACUACAUAUAUAACACUGACCAAAGCAAGGAUAGCAUGGUGGAUGUGCCCUUUCCAAACUCCUACCAGUACAUUGCUGCUGUGGAUUAUAAUCCCCGGGACAACCUCCUUUAUGUAUGGAACAACUAUCACGUUGUGAAAUAUUCUUUGGAUUUUGGUCCCCUGGACAGCAGAGCAGGGCAGGCUCACCACGGGCAGGUUUCCUACAUUGCCCCACCGAUCCACCUUGAUUCAGAUUUGGAGAGACAACCAUCCAAAGGAGUAUCAACAUCAGGGACUCUGGGCCUAGGGACCACCACCGCCAGCACCACACCACGAGUGGCCACCAGCAGCACUGGCCGCCCCACCACCACCUCAGUCUCAAGCAGGAGGAACAAGAGCACCAGCACACCAUCGCCCAUGGCUGAUGUCCCCGAUGAAAUGACUACGCACCUCCCAUCUGCCUCCUCCCAACUGCCACCAGUUGGUGCUGAGAGCUGUGACCCCGUGGAAGCCCGUGAGAUUAUGUGGUCUAGGACUCGACAGGGACAGAUGGCAAAACAGCCGUGUCCCAUAGGCUCGAUAGGUGUUGCAACUUUCCGAUGUCUUGCUCCAGAUGGGAUCUGGGAGCCCCAAGGACCUGAUCUCAGCAACUGCUCUUCUCCAUGGAUCAAUCACAUAACUCAAAAGAUGAAGUCAGGAGAGAUGGCCGCCAACAUUGCACGGGAACUCGCGGAGCACACAAGAAACCACUUGUAUGCUGGUGACAUCACGUACUCUGUGUCCGCCAUGGUCCAGCUGGUGAAUUUGCUUGAUGUGCAACUCCGAAAUCUGACUCCAGGAGGGAAGGACAGCGCUGCACGUAGCUUAAAUAAGCUUCAGAAAAGGGAGCGCUCUUGCAGGGCCUAUGUCCAGGCCAUGGUGGAGACAGUGAACAACCUCCUGCAGCCACAGGCUCUGAAUGCGUGGAGGGACCUGAACGCAAAUGAACAGCAGCGUGCAGCCACCAAGUUACUCGACACUGUGGAGGACAGUGCCUUUGUGCUGGCUGAUAACCUGCUGAAGACCGACAUCGUCCGGGAAAACACUGACAACAUCCAGCUGGAAGUUGCGAGACUAAGCACAGAUGGGAAUCUGGAGGAUCUGAAAUUUCCCCAGAACAUGGGCCAUGGGAGUGCCAUUCAGCUGUCUGCAAACACCUUGAAGCAAAAUGGUCGAAACGGUGAAAUUAGGGUGGCUUUUGUGCUGUACAACAAUCUGGGUACCUAUCUGUCCACGGAGAAUGCCAGCAUGAAGUUGGGAACAGAAGCAAUGUCGACUAAUCACUCCGUCAUUGUCAACUCCCCUGUAAUCACAGCAGCAAUAAACAAAGAGUUCAGCAAUAAAGUUUACCUAGCUGAUCCUGUGGUGUUUACUGUCAAGCACAUCAAGCAGUCAGAGGAAAAUUUCAAUCCAAACUGUUCAUUCUGGAGCUAUACAAAGCGUACAAUGACAGGGUAUUGGUCCACCCAGGGAUGUCGCCUCCUGACAACUAACAAGACACACACCACAUGCUCCUGCAAUCACCUGACCAACUUUGCGGUCCUGAUGGCACAUGUGGAAGUUAAGCACAGUGAUGCAGUCCAUGACCUACUUCUGGACUUUAUCACGUGGGUUGGCAUCCUGCUCUCACUGGUCUGCCUCCUGAUCUGCAUCUUCACCUUCUGCUUCUUCCAUGGGCUGCAGAGUGACCGCAACACAAUUCACAAGAACUUGUGCAUCAGCCUAUUUGUGGCAGAACUUCUCUUCCUCAUUGGCAUCAACCGGACUGACCAGCCGAUUGCCUGUGCUGUCUUUGCUGCCCUUCUGCAUUUUUUCUUCUUGUCGGCUUUCACCUGGAUGUUCCUGGAAGGGGUGCAACUCUACAUCAUGUUAGUGGAGGUUUUCGAGAGCGAACACUCCCGGAGGAAGUACUUCUAUUUGGUUGGCUAUGGCAUGCCUGCACUGAUUGUGGCUGUAUCAGCAGCAGUGGACUAUCGGAGCUACGGCACAGACAAAGUAUGUUGGCUCCGACUUGACACCUACUUCAUUUGGAGCUUCAUAGGACCAGCAACCUUGAUAAUAAUGCUUAAUGUCAUCUUCCUUGGGAUUGCUCUCUAUAAAAUGUUUCAUCAUACUGCCAUAUUGAAACCUGAAUCUGGAUGUCUUGACAAUAUCAACUAUGAGGAUAACAGACCCUUCAUCAAGUCCUGGGUUAUAGGUGCCAUAGCCCUACUCUGCCUAUUGGGACUGACCUGGGCGUUUGGACUCAUGUAUAUUAAUGAAAGCACAGUCAUCAUGGCGUAUCUCUUCACCAUAUUCAAUUCUCUGCAGGGAAUGUUUAUAUUCAUUUUCCAUUGUGUCCUCCAGAAAAAGGUACGUAAAGAGUAUGGCAAAUGCCUGCGCACACAUUGCUGUAGUGGGAAAAGUACAGAGAGCUCUAUUGGCUCAGGAAAAACCUCGGGGUCACGGACACCUGGAAGAUAUUCCACAGGCUCACAGAGCCGGAUUCGCAGGAUGUGGAAUGACACAGUUCGAAAGCAGUCUGAGUCUUCCUUUAUUACUGGAGAUAUAAACAGUUCAGCCUCACUCAACAGAGGAGCCAUGGCUAAUCAUCUUAUAACCAAUGCUCUGCUUCGUCCUCAUGGCACUAACAACCCCUAUAAUACAUUGCUCGGGGAAUCGGCGGUCUAUAACAACCCUUCUGUCAGCAUGUACAACGCACAAGAGCCCUACAGAGAGACAAAGGGGCUUCUGAACAAUGCCAGGGAUACAAGUGUCACGGAUACUCUACCACUGAAUGGUAAUCAUGGCAACAACUACAGCAUCGCCAGCGGAGAGUACCUCAGCAACUGCGUGCAAAUCCUUGACCGCGGCUACAACCACACUGAGAAUGCCCUCGAGAAAAAGAUCCUGAAGGAACUCACCUCCAACUACAUCCCUUCCUACCUGAACAACCAUGAGCGCUCCAGUGAGCAGAGCCGCAACCUGAUGAACAAACUCGUCAACAGCAUGGGCGGGAGGAGUGAGGAUGACGCUAUCGUGCUGGAUGAUGCCACCUCCUUCACCCACGAGGAGAGCCUGGGCCUGGAGCUCAUCCACGAGGAGUCAGACGCCCCUCUGCUGCCUCCCCGGGUGUACUCGGCAGACAACCACCAGCACCACUAUAGCCGGCGGUGCAUACCACAAGACAACAGUGAGAGCUUUUUCCCCUUGCUGACCAAUGAGCACACAGAUGACCUCCAGUCACCCAACAGGGAUUCUCUCUACACCAGUAUGCCCACACUGGCUGGCAUGCCUAUGACGGAAAGCGUUACUGCCAGCACCCAAACAGAUCCGCCACCUGCCAAAAGCAGCAGCAGUGAUGCCGACGAUGUUUACUACAAAAGCAUGCCCAACCUCGGCUCCAGGAACCAUGUCCAUCAGCUACACUCUUACUACCAACUAGGACGAGGCAGCAGUGAUGGUUUUAUAGUCCCACCAAACAAAGAGGGAACCCCCCCGGAUGGCAAUGCAAAGGGAGUUGCUCACUUGGUCACUAGUCUAUAGAAGAUUCAGCAAAAAUUAAUCAAAGAGACAACAAAAAGCUCCACCAUAACGCUUGGUUUACUGUUCUGAGUUAAUCCAAACAGUGGUAAUAUUGUGUGUACUCCUAAAUCUUCAUUCUGUUCAAAAGGAAACUCUUGGACUUUUUUUACUGGAAUUUUUAGGCCGGCCAGGAGAGGACAGUAACUGCUGCCCCCACCCUUCUUACCCCAUCCUUCUUGCCUCCAGACAGACUUCAUUAUGUUAAUGAAAGAGAUAGAUAACGGCACACUACGUGGCCUUUUCAAGUUAUGCCGUGUUUGAUUAAACAAUCCCUGACGCUGUGUUGCUCUUAAUACUAAGGACCUGAUUUAAAAGGGGGGAAAAAAAAGGCAAAGAAAUAAAUAAAUAAAAGGCCAAAAAAUGUGCAUUUGAAACUAGUAGAGAUGACGCAUCUAGGUGGGAGCGCUGCACAAAAACAAGCUAGCAAAACUCUUUCUUACCAAUCCAGAUCAUGUCCUGGGUUUUGGUUGCUCACAACUUGGUUUCACCGCAGCAUCCUUUGUUGUGGGACCAAAAAACCAAACAAAUUUAAUGAGACAGAAGGGAAUCCUAGAAUUCUGUGCUAAAGGCAUAAUUUACAUUUUGUUGUAUUAAUGGAUGACAAAAACUAAUGGCAGAAAAAGAGAAGCGAAUAAUUUCUAUGUAAUGUACAGAUACUAGCAUUGCACAUAUAGUCUGCUUUCUGUUCCUCCAGAACAUGCGUCCCUGUUAAUGUAGUGGAAAAAGAAAAAAAAAAAAGAACUUUUUUCUGUUGUGCUGGUCUUGUAAGUUUGUCUACCAGUAGGAGCAAGGUUUUUCAUAACUUGUCCUUUUUUUUUUAGAAAAAAGAAAAGAUUUGUUUUGCCUCUUCCACUGACCCUCCCUUCCAUCACUUCCCUAUCCCAGUGAACAAAUCUCUCUGGGGAAAAAAAAAACAAAAACAAAACCCCACAUAAUUUUCUAUUUCUAAGGACCAUUUUUUAGUAACAGCAUCACCAUUUCUUUUCAGCAAAGGCAGUCUUUAUUUCCUCACUGGAUAACUUUCUUCAUUGGCAUAUUGCCAGCACACCUUUUGGCAGACUAGAGAAGGGCAAACUUCCUUGUUGACAAUGCACAACCAAUUGUGACAAUAAUCCUGCGAAGCAUCUUUGGCGAUCAGCCCCUUAGCCGGGACGCAGGUUUACAUCCAGGAGCCAAGAGGGGGGUUUUUCAUAGCCGGAGUGGGGCUAAUACAGGAGACGGCCAUUUCCCUGGAGGAGCGGAGCACCUUCACUGCUCUGUCUGGUCCCCAGUUUAGGCAUUUGUACUGCAGUGGUUAAGAAGAAAAUCGAUUGAUGCGUAGUGAGCUAAAAAGUACUUUGCAGUGAUAUUUAUAAAAAAAAAGUCUUCUAUUCAUUACUUUUCCUAACAGGAAAUAUAUUAAUUUGACAGGAUUUUUAAGUAACAUAGGCUUUCUGGAGGUAAAUUAGCAGCACGGAGUAUGAAUUCUUCUCUUAUUUUUCUUUUUUUUUUUUUUUUUAAUUUAUGAUCCAUUUUGUAUGGUCUCAACAGUUGAAUGACCUCAUUACUAAUAUUUGUUGUAAAAGUGAAGCUUGUUUGCCAACCAAUAAACAACUGAUCACAAUUUAGAAGGUACUGUAUGUACGUACUGUACGAUUAAUCUCGCUUUUGUUGUUUUUCCUCUCUCUGUUACUGUCUUCAGUAUAAGUCUCCACUCCUUUAUGGCAUGGGUGAGCAAUGCCAAAGAAAGGAGGCCUAAACUGAGCAAUUUAAGCACAAAGGUUAUGCAGCUACAACUAGAAAUAUCAGGCUAGCAGUGUUUGUUUAGGGGUGAGAACAAUACUGGUUGACAUUUGUUGGAGGUGAUUUUAGGUCUGUUUUUUGCCUACUGUAUAAACUAGCCAACGACACACGGAUGAUUAAGUAUAGCAUUUCAUGUGUCGUACCUUUUAAUUAUUGUAAUUGUUUGGGGGGAUUAACUUUUUUUUUUUUUCAUUUUCAUUCUUCUGAGAUUAAAAACUGCUGGUAGCAUGUCAAAGAGUAAAACAAGUCCCCGUUAGGCCUCCUCGGUCAUUGUUUGCUGUCUCUUUAUUUUCUUGGUCUGGGCAUUCACAAAGCACCGUUACCAUCCUCGGCCACAUUGCCCUUCCUGUCCCACCACUGCUGAUGGCCAUCUGGUGCUUCACCACUCUCCUCCAGUCUCCCCCUUCAAAACUCUUGGGAGCAAUUAGGAUUCACUAGCAGGAUACAGAAAGCCAGAAAACAGACUAGAAAGGUUGACAACGAAAAUAACUGCCUCUGGACAUAAUCAAUACCAGGUUCUUGGUACAUGAUUUUUGACAAAGUCCUCCCAUGCCUUGGACUUUGGAGUCUGGUGCUGCUUCUACCCAAGCUGCCUCCAUCAAACUCCCUUCAAGCUGAGUAAAAGCCAAAAGAUUUGGAGCAUACAAAUGAUGCCUAUGUAAGGCAAGAUAUUCCCAAUGCUGAGGGAUAAAGGCAGCAGUGGAGUAGCUGCACUCCAUCCUCAUUGUCCUCAUAUGGGACGAUGCUACUGGGUACUGCUCAGCAGGGUAUUGUUGGGAGUGGAUAACCAGGGUUUGGUGGUGUUUGGUAGUGUUUGUAGCCUAUAAAAGAGUCUGGUUUGAGUUGCGUGAGUACUUCUUGAAGCCAAGUGCUCAAGCCAAAACAUCUUGUGAAGGAAACUUCAUUUCUGACCAAGCACUGAUUAUAUCUGUGCCUCUUCUGGAUCUAGGUUUCAGCAAGGGAGCAUUUCCCAUUGGGAGACUGGAAAUCACUUGGCUUUGUAGCAAAACAGCCGCUGCUCUUGCUAUUGAUGCCACUUUCCUAUUUCAUUUUAUUUUCCAUGCUAGCAGCUAUGGAGCUGAGCAGUGCAUGGUAGAUCUAUGCAGGCAGGCAAAGCAAGCAUUUCAGACCCAUGUGGUCAUACCAAUCCAUGUAGUAGCCCAAUGGAGCCUGUUGAGGCUUGAAAUGCUUGAAGUACCUAUUAUUUUGGAGAAAGCAGAAAUUCUUUUACUGUUUUAGACUGCAAAAAUAUAGUUUUUCAGGGAUAUGGUGGGAUUAAAUUCAUGCAAAGAGAUACACCGUAGCAAACAUUUUUAUGAUAGAAUAGGAGGUAGGUGAUCAACAUGGCAUUUAUCAGUGUGCCUGAAACUAUGCAAGAAUAAACCAGGUGGGUUUGCUAUGGAAUGAUUGUAUCCUACUGAAAAAACUUUCCCUUUACUCUGAAUGGUCAUUCUCCCUUAGCAUUUCUGUGUAUUUCAGGUUUAUCUGUAGAUAGGUUGAUCUCCCCUCUUCUCCAUCUUUUCUCACUUGAGCUUUUCUCUACCAGCCUACUAUGCCUAUUAGCACUUUGAUUGCAAAAAAAAAAGCUUUUUAUUUUCAAGCUGUUUAUUUCUGUCCCCAGGCUGUUCUGGCACCACAGAAUUCACUGUUGGUGCUUCUUAUAGCUUUGGAAACAGCUGAAUCACAAACAGAGAGGAAAUAGAUACUAUUAAUUAUAUUAAGCCAAAAAUGGUUUAAGACUCUUUAGGGGAUGGAGCAGGAUGGGGAUUAUUUUUGUCAUUUUUUUCCCCUUGAAAAUAGUUUUGUGUUCUGUCAGACAGCUGAUACAGGCAUGGUGAAAUUUCUCCUUGUUGAUAAGUAGCUCAGUAGAUACAAUUCUUAUGCAACUGGCAUCAUGCAAAACUCGAGUCAUUGUUAAGUCCUCAGUGCCUAAAAUGCUCCUAGAGUAGAAGGGGUUGCUUCAAAACUUCUGAAGCAUUUCUUAAUGCUGAGCCAAGGCAGAGAUUUGAAGUAACUAACAGCUUGAUGAAGAGGCAGUAGCGAUUAUGGUAUUAAAUUCAUACCCAUGCUUUGGGCACAUAACUUUGCAAGCUGGGUUGAAGGGGAUAAUCAGCCCUGUACUGAAGGGAUCAUCUUUUUUAAUGCUUUAACAACAACCAAACAAACCCAAAACCCAGCAGAUUUGCCUUAUAGGAAGAAGACUAAAGUUUCAUCAUUUAACUGCAAUAAGCAUCCCGCUUUUGAUGAAAAUGAAACAGAAUAGAGGCAAACAGGCGGUGCUUAGUCUGACAAAAACAUCACCCUGAUACAUAGACCCCCCCAUGAUACAUGGGACUGUCUUUGGGAAGCACGUGUUGCUGGGCAUGUUUGGAGGAAAUCCAGGAAUGCAGGCAAGAAGAGGGAGAUGGAGAAGUGUGAGGCUCUGUGCCUUGCUUUGUCUUGGAAAUCAUCUUGGGAUGCCUUGCAAGUUGUGAAUCUCUUUUUUUUCCCUCACUUCUUUUAAUUUGCACAGGACUGGGUUAUUUUUCCUGUGUAACCCUGGUGCAGACUGCACCAGUUUGCUGUGCAGUUGAUGUUUUCUACUGCUUAAGGACGCUUUGGCUCCAAUGGGCAAUACCUGCCCCUUUUCUGCAAGAGCCAUAAAAGACUAUAAAGAUUUCCCCGAAACAUGUGAAGGAGAAACACAAGGGGAAAGACAAGCCAAGAAAGACUGUGUAGGCUGGAGGGUAGCUGGGGAUGGGAGCUAUUUUUCACAGCUUUAGAAGCACUGUGUAGGCAUUACUUAUGGUGCUGCUCCUUUCCGCCUGUUGAUUGCAUUUAAAUCCCUGAAAUAUGUGGUUGUUAAAUGAUCUUUUCUUUCCUCUCUGCCCCAGCUAAUGAGCAGUGAGAUGCUUCAGAGUGGCUGUAGGAAAUGGUGGCAGUGGUGGAAGGUGCUGAGCUCCAAGGGGUCCUUGCUUGUCUCUAUGUGCGUCCCUAUUUCCUGUAUCCCCCUUCCCUCUUCUUUGGAUAGCUGGCCUCUCUCACACACACUUCUGUAUGCUCUUGAUCUCACUAGAACAUACCCCAUAGACUUGCCUAGACAACAGGAAAAAAAAAUAGCUCAUCUUAUUAAAAAGCAACGUCAGGAAAGCCUAAGAGCAUUGGCAUGGUCAUCUGUCACACCUUGAUCUCCUCCUUACAUUUAGAAAGAAAAGUACUUUAUUUUUAGUUACUGCUGCAUUCCGUUAGGCUCUAUGCAAAUUUUACUUAAUUAAUAUUCUAGAGUUUGAAUAGUCUGUGCUCAUGAACAUUAUAUAAAUGUCAUGUCGUCGCAGGCUCUCUAGUAAUGGCGUGGAGAACAUCCUGCAGCAUAAAGCUGGUGAUUAAUGCUCCCGGGGAAGGCAGCGAUGGUCAUGUUAGUGGCGGCCAUCCUCAGCAAAGACAUUAGCAGCAUGGCCAGUGGGCAGCACCUGAAAGGGUAACCCUGAGAGGGCAGCAGCAUCCCCUAACUCCACACCAAGAGUAAUUUCAUUCAGUGCAGGCAGUUGGUGUAACACCGGUUUUGCUCUUCCAAGGUCUCUGACAGACCCUAAGGUUAUGUGGAUCAUGCACCAGAUUGUGCAUUAUCCUAAUUCAGCAGGGAUAGUCUGUUUAAUGUAGAAAUAUUUGGAUUAGCCAGAAUAGGUUGGAAUUUUUUUUUUUCACAUCAGAAUAGCUUUUUACAGGUGCUUAUUGUUUAUUGUAUUUGUUAUGCCAGGCAGAUGGUGAUAGUCUUCUCCAGCAAAAUGCCAACAACAACAAAAAGUCGUACUAACUAUUUGUUGUCUUUUUAUUUCUUCAUCCUCUACUUAUUUUCUUUUCUUAUAUUUCUGCUCCUUAAAUACUCUGUACACAUAUAAAAACCCAAGCUAAAAUCUUAAUAAAUUAAGAAAAAAUAUUUGUAUACAGAGCAGUUGUUACAUGCUGGAAGCAAAUGCUUGAUAUUUUGACAGCUUUGCUUAAAACCCUAAACAACAGCUUAAAAAGCACAAACAUAGCUGUUGUACAACCUUUCUUAGCUGAUGUGCAUGGGAAUACUUGCACAGAUGACCCAGUAGCUCCAACUGCCACUUAUAAUCAACUGCAUCUUAUGUUACAACUUUGGAAAGGUUAUUUCCAGCAGCAGGAUGUUCAAUGGGUAAAUUAUGGCUAUAAUAAAACUGUUUUCAGCUUGUCUACUCCCACUUCUCUCUGAGGCAUCUCAGGCAGAGUUUAAUUUGGAUCCCUGUGUCAGGAGAGCUCAACGAAGGUGUGAGCCCUGCAGCCUUUGUGUCCCACUGGCACCAAAAGCCUUGUGUUUCAGUGGGUAUGGGGUAGCAUCCACUAAUAAAUGUUUUUGGGAGGUGAGUGUUGAAGAGCAAGUUGUCAACGAGCCAGGUGGAAGACUUCUGGGUAUGCCACUGGGGAAGCAAGAGCACCUUACCCUAGGCAUCUCUUAGCAUUUGGUUGCAAAAAAGAAGAAAGAGAGGUGGGGAAAUGGACUUUAGGCAGGCAGAAUAAAAGGAAAAGGCCCUAACUUCUGGCAAGGCUUCAUCCUUUGGCUGAAAUGUACCAAAGAGCAGUUUCUCAGGUGCUUUGCAUAGGCAGCCGGAGGGAAGAAUGGGUCAUAUGGGAUUAGCCCUCGUGCAACAGGAGGCCAAUUUGAAGAGGGCAAAAGCCUUGCUGCAGCUGUUGGUUGCCUACUCUGGCUGGGCCCUGGUUACCUCACUUUAAUAAGCAAGGAAAUAAGAUUUUAUGGUUUGCUGCAAAGGACCUCAGCAGCUUUUUUGUGAGAGAGUCCCUCCUUGAUAAAUAGAUGAGCUCUUUUCAGUGUAAGAACCUCAGCUCUGCACUUUGGUCACCUCCACCUCACCCUCCUCCUUGCUUGUGUUGCUACCAUUCAUAUACGCAAAUAAAAGGCCUCAUUGCUUAAGCUUCUGUUUAUAUCAGCCAGAAAGAGUGCUUCAUAUUAAACAGGUGGGAUUUUUGGUAUUAUUUUUUGCCUGGAUACACUGUGCACCCAGGCAUUUUUAUCUGCUAGCAGUUUAUACCGCAAUGCGAUAUGAAGUGGCCCACUAAACAGGCAGCAGCAGAAACAAAAGGAGAAAAUGCGUUCCACUGCUUGGGAGGGGAGGAGGGGGAAGAGAUGAUCGAUAAGGAAAGGAUGGAAGUCCCUCCUCUUCAGAGAGACACCAAAACAACUGCUGAAAUAUCCAAGCUGGGAGAUGCUUCGAAAGUUGCUGAAUCUGCCCCUACACUUCCCCUGCAAUAUUUUCCAUGCUGCCAUGCACAGCUGGGCCUUGGGUGGAUAGGACAUGGGGUGAAAUGAUUUAUGUUCAGAAAAUGGCUUCAGAACAAAUCUUAAUUGUUCUUCAGUAUGUCUAGCCUAUCCUAACCUCUUCUUGAAAUAUUAUUUAUAAAAAAGCCUGCAUGUGUUCAACCCAAAUUGCAUGUGUCUGCCUCUUCUCAGCCUAUGCGUGUAAAAGGAGACGUUUUCCUCCCUGGGGCUGCAAUGAUUGUAGAAGCAGCUGUAGAGCAGAGCACUCAGGAUGUGAAGUGCCCUUUAGAUAAUGUCUAAUAGCAAAACAAGUCUUAAUCUGCAGUCAUAUAUACUGAAUAUUUAUUACUAAGGCGGGGUGGGACAUCACAAAAAAAUGCAGUUUGCUCAAAUAAGCCCCAUUUGGCUGAUACAACCUGGUGGUUGCAGCUUGGUUCUGGGCUCUCCUUUCUUGAGCUGGGCUAAACUUAGAGCAGCAAAGGGGCACCUUUGCACCACCCUUCAUUCAGAGAGUGGUGGGCAACCGUCGCUGAUGCUGCUGGCCCUCCAGCUGCUUAACAAAUAACUGGCUCACAUGGAGACAAAGCCAGGCAAAUUAGUAAGACUAGCUUUGGCAAAAAGGGUGGGAGGACGUGCCUGAUGGGAUGCUGGUCCAUAAAUACAUACACCUGCUCUAAGCAAGCCUUUCCUUCUGAGGCAAGGCUGGGCAUCCCAUGCUCUGUUUGAGGGUGAAAAUAGUCUUAAAAAUAGUUGAUGGCUGCUGCAAGGUGCUGUUUCAGGGCUUUACCUGCUCUCCCC